AUGCGGUACUCAUCGCUUCUCCUUGCUGCCUUGAUGGCCUUGUUUACCCUUGCGACGCAAAAGGUAAUAGCUGUCGAGGCGACACAGCCAGAGACCAGCGCGGGGUCGGGAUCCGAUGAUUCUCGAUCUGGCUUAAGCUACCCUGGCACAGCUCAUCGCUACGUCGUUCCCGAUGCAACCGACGAUGAUCCCUUCUGGCUGCUUCAAGCCAAAAUAAAGUUUGGCAAAGCUUGUACACGUAAAGUCGCAGAUAUAGGAGAUACCAUCCUAUUUGAGAACUACGUCAUCAAGAAACGUUGGGGCAAGAAAAUGGUUAGGGUUUCGUGUCAAUACGUCCUCGACCUGCCUCCUAUCAGAAUCCCAAUCGGGCCUCACGACGUCACCGACGAGGUGGCCAAAUCGGUCGGAUGGGCCGAGGCAGAGGCCGUCAUCGACUCAAACUAAUCGAGGUGUCACCGCCGCACCCUUCCGAUAUUCGGGCUGUACGUGAUGCCUGACUAGUACUUCAACCAAAGUCAUUAAUCUCCAUGCAAUCAUGGCCUGCUAUGAUCCUCGCUCGCCUCUGUCCAUGCCAAAUACGUUUUGCGCUGUCAGCCUCCUUCACAAUCUGUCCAAUCCGUUUGCUUGGCGGCGUUGAUAGAGCAUUUCGGGUUCUUGUUUGAGCCUGUCCAGUCUUGCGCGCCCGAGCUCCGAGCUCAACCGAACCUGCCACCUCCGAUGACUUCCUGCUCUCGAGUCCGACCAUGAUUCCCCAAUGACCAUUGAAUGAUGAAG